UCGUGGGAGUUUCGCGCCUGCGGAUCCGCACAGGGUUCAGACACAGGGGGAUGUGGGCACGCAUCCCACCACCCCUAGUGAGGGAGGAAAGAAGCAAUAGGGCUUGCUAAAAUGCAAGGGGAGCCAAACCCUAGUGCUUCCCUUAUUGACAGAACCAUCAAGAUGAGAAAAGAAACAGAAGCUAGGAAAGUGGUUUUAGCCUGGGGACUCCUAAAUGUAUCUAUGGCUGGAAUGAUAUAUACUGAAAUGACUGGAAAAUUGAUUAGUUCAUAUUAUAAUGUGACAUACUGGCCUCUCUGGUAUAUUGAGCUUGCCCUUGCAUCUCUCUUCAGCCUAAACGCCUUAUUUGAUUUUUGGAGAUAUUUCAAAUAUACUGUGGCACCAACAAGUCUGGUUGUUAGCCCUGGACAGCAAACACUUUUAGGUUUGAAAACAGCUGUUGUGCAGACUACUCCUCCACAUGAUCUGGCGGCAACCCAGAUCCCUCCCUGCCCACCUUCUCCUUCAAUUCAGGGUCAGAGUGUGUUGAGUUACAGCCCAUCCCGCUCACCCAGUACCAGCCCCAAGUUCACCACCAGCUGUAUAACUGGAUACAGCCCUCAGCUGCAAGGUCUGUCAUCAGGUGGCCGUGGUUCUUACAGUCCUGGAGUGACCUACUCGCCUGUCGGUGGUUAUAAUAAGUUGGCAAGCUGCAGUCCUUCUCCUCCUUCUGCAUACCCUACCACUGUUGGACCGGUGGAGAGCAGUGGAUUGCGAUCUCGCUAUCGUUCUUCACCCACGGUGUAUAACUCCCCUACCGACAAGGAGGACUACAUGACAGACCUACGAACUUUGGAUACUUUUCUUAGAAGUGAAGAAGAGAAACAGCAUAGAGUUAAGCUGGGCUUUUUGCCUUGGAGUCUGUUUUGUCUGACAUUAAGACAGCUGUACGAAUUUCCUUUUGGGAGCCCGGACUCCACCUCGCCAUCCACUAGUCCCACUUUCUGGAACUACAGUCGUUCUGUGGGGGAUUAUGCGCAAACCUUAAAGAAGUUUCAGUACCAGCUGGCCUGUAGGUCUCAGGCCCCAUGUGCCAACAAAGAUGAAGCUGAUCUCAGUUCUAAACAAGCUGCAGAGGAGGUUUGGGCAAGAGUGACAAUGAAUAGACAACUUCUUGAUCAUAUGGAUUCAUGGACAGCUAAGUUCAGAAAUUGGAUCAAUGAGACAAUAUUAGUGCCACUUGUACAGGAGGUUGAGUCUGUCAGCACACAGAUGAGACGGAUGGGUUGUCCAGAGCUGCAGAUAGGAGAGGCUAGUAUUACUAGCUUGAAGCAAGCUGCUCUGGUCAAAGCUCCUCUCAUUCCAACUCUGAAUACAAUCGUGCAGUAUCUAGACCUUACACCAAAUCAGGAAUACUUGUUUGAGAGGAUCAAAGAACUAUCUCAAGGAGGCUGUAUGAGCUCGUUUCGAUGGAAUAGAGGUGGAGACUUCAAAGGACGCAAGUGGGACACAGACCUGCCCACUGAUUCUGCUAUCAUCAUGCAUGUAUUCUGCACCUACCUUGAUUCCCGGUUACCUCCGCACCCAAAGUACCCCGACGGAAAAACAUUUACCUCUCAGCACUUCGUUCAGACACCAAAUAAACCAGAUGUGACCAAUGAGAAUGUCUUUUGCAUUUAUCAAAGUGCUAUCAACCCUCCCCACUAUGAACUGAUCUACCAGCGUCAUGUCUACAAUCUUCCAAAGGGCCGAAAUAAUAUGUUUCACACCUUGUUAAUGUUCCUCUACAUUAUAAAGACCAAAGAGUCAGGAAUGCUUGGGAGAGUUAAUCUUGGUCUGUCCGGUGUGAAUAUAUUGUGGAUUUUUGGCGAGUAGUGGGUCGUUGAAUUCCAAACAUUUGGACUUUGAUUUGGCUGAAUCAGAAGGUGAAUCUCAGCAUCCGUGAGUCACUGCCACUUUUGAAAGAAGAUACAUAUGAACGCUACAGACUCUUUAGAUUUAACGAAAGUUUAGCUAUUAUGAAACUUGCUGUAUCUUCUACACCAAGAGAUAGUACCCUCGGUUUUUUACCGCAUUUCAGAUUUUUCAGUUGCCUACAGAACUGUGAUCCUUCAGAUUUUUGUUGACCCCAACAGUGUAGGUCCCCCUUAAUUAAAUAAGUUUGAGUCUCUUUUCAUUGUAAACCCCAAAUAAGAAUCAUCCACCUGAUUCUUCCCUACAAAAAUUUUCUUCAAUCACAUUAUUUAGUAUAAAUACUUAAAAAGAAACAAGUUAUAAUUUAUUUUUUAUCUCUGUAUUUCCACAGUGUUCAGCAAAUAAGCCUAUGUCCCACAUUUAAAGAAAUGAGAUAAACUUCUAAGUAAUGUAGUAGUUCAUGUGUAUUUUUAAAAUAUUAUUGAAAGAGAUUUGACAGUAUUAGUGUUUAAAAAUUCAACUCUUGAAUUAAAUUUAGUUGAUAGAAUUAAACUUUUGGUUCUUAGUUAAGAGGCUGAGGACAUCAAGAAAAUUACUGCUUUGGUUUAAUAACUCAAUUUCACUAUUCCAUAGUAUUGUAUUUUAAGAGUUCCCUUCCUUAAGAUCAUAUGAUACCUUGUCUGUUUAAAUUUUUUAGAUAUGUUCAAAAUGAUCUGGAGAGUAAGAAGUUACCACGUUUGUAAGUUUUACUUGACUCUCCAUCCUUAUUUUCUUAUGUGUAUAUGCAGUAUCUCUAAGGCUAGCUGGCAUUUGUGUGUUUUUUCCAGAUUGACAUAUUAUUAGAGACUGCUUCCAUCACCUGGAAACAAGUGAAGCCAGUAUCUUCUGAGCCACUCAUGUCAUUAUUGUAUAUGCAGCCCAUUUUGUAUCGUUUGUAAAUUCCAUUUUUCAAAAAGUUGUUCCUGUUUUUUAAAAGUUAAAUGUCCAAAGGAAAGGAAGUUUCUAUCUUUUGAUUGCUUUUGAUAUGUUUUAAAUGUUUGCUAUGAUAUUUUAGAAGAAAAUAUCAAUUAAAUGUGUUAAGUAUAAAAGCAUGUUAGAAUCUAUUUCAAAAGUUAUUGAAGGUGUCAUGGAAUAACAAUUGUUAACGUUGUUAAACUAUUCAUUUGCAUAUUCUUUAUUAAAAGUAAUAAGGAGAAAAAUUUUAACAAUACUUAAGACAAAUUUUUUUUUCUUUAUAGGACUUACGGCAGCUUUUAGUCCAAAAAUUCAAAGCUAUAAUAUUUUAUUUUUUAAGUGCCUGUCAAAAAAUACAAUAUGCAAUAUAAAUAUACAUGUCAAAAGAGUUGGGAGAUGUACGAAGAAAGAAAGGGUGUUUUGUUUGCACACUGAAUCUAGUAUGGGUUCCUGUACUCGGGGGAGCUAUCCUAUAUUAACUUGUCCUCACAAAUGUUUGAGCCAGUUUAUACUUUAAUAUGGCUUUUAUUAAAAAUACUUUGUGAAUUAGUUUGAAUUUAUACUUCGGGAAGACAGUGCACUGCAAAUAUGGUAAAUUUUUUGGUCCUUGUGUUAAAAUGAGUAAAUAUCAACUUUUCUCUAAUUAAAUGUUAU